GAACAAACGAGCACCUCUCCCCCAGAUCAUCGCCAAAUCAUCGCCAACAUGCCUCUCGUCGCCCUAGGUGUCGCCGACCUGUUCAACUUUGUUGACUACAGCAAGACAAGCCUCGCCAUCUCUGCUGCUGCCAUUGCCUUUAACCCCACCUUCUGGAACAUUGUUGCCCGCAGAGAAUACCGCACCAAGUUCCUCACGCGCGCUUUCGGCGGCAAUGCCCAGGUAGCCUGCUACUUCCUGGCCGUCACCAUCUUCGGCCUCGGUCUUGUCCGCGACUUCCUCUACGAACGCGCUCUCCGUGACCAGCCCUCCCACCCGCUUCUCGAGGGCACCUAUGUCAAAUACGCCGCCUAUGCCCUCCUUGCCCUCGGCAACCUCCUCGUCAUCACCUCUACACUGCGUCUGGGUAUCACGGGAACCUUCCUUGGUGACUACUUUGGCAUUCUGAUGGAUGGCAUUGUCACCGGCUUCCCCUUCAACGUCACCAGCGCUCCCAUGUACUACGGCUCCACCAUGAGCUUCCUCGGCACCGCUCUCUUGUACGGCAAGCCCGCCGGUCUUCUUUUGACCGCCUGGGUUCUCUUCGUCUACAUCAUCGCUAUCCAAUUCGAGAACCCCUUCACUGCCGAGAUCUAUGCCAAGCGCGACCGCGAGAGGGCCAAGGCUGCCGGUACUGGCAAGAAGGAGCUUUAAAUCCGAUGACAAAAACAAUUUUGCAAACGAAGGCGGUCCCUGAGCUGUUGAUUCAGUCUCGGGGAUCACCGUGCCCAACAGAAAGGUUGGGCUUAUGGGCAUGACGAAAAUUGUACAUCGCCGGGUUACGUACGCGCACAGUCAGUGUGAUGGUGACAGUCACAGGUCUGGUGCCUAGUGUAGCCUCCGCUCUCAACGAACGGCAUAUGGUGAUUGUUAUACUGGUGCGUGAAAGAAAGCACCGGACGAACAAUGUUAAAAACCUGCCAAGAUAUCAAAGAGAAGGGGUGAUGAUGAUGAAGAUGUGCAAGAAACAGGUGCGUCCGGUGCGUUGGCCAUCAACUGGUUCUAAUGGAGACCUAUAUUGGUGUGGAAAAGAUAUUUGAACAUACUACAAAGAUGGAUAUACACUUAGGCAAUAUGAUACUGCUUGGCUCAAUAUGAGUCUGGCCUUCCCUUCUCUAU